AUGUAUCAGCGAAGAUUUUAUGUUGUGCUUCUGUUAUGCAUCUUACUGUUUUGGUGCUUUCCUUUAAUAUGGAAUUUAACAUACUUCAUUUUAUUUAGUACCACUCUUAUCGUGACUAUUUUUACGUUUACUUUUUUUGGACAUAUCUCACUGUCGUCACCGCACCAAACGUCGCUAUUUUUAUUUAAUAGUUUAGAAAAAAAAUCUCGCGUGUUAGAAAGUGCAAUAAAUGAUGAAAAAAAUGCUUGGAGUGAUACCAAUAAAAAGCCACAUUUACCAAUUAUAUUUGGACGAACAGUGGAUAGUCAGCUGCAACAGUUACUUGACUAUUUUUUAAGAGAUUUUGUUACUCAAUGGAUAAAGGAGCUGACACAUAAGCCAGAACCAAUUAUUGAAAAAUUUAAGGAGCAUGUUUGGGGUGCUAUUCAAAAUAUAUAUGAAAGAUUGUUAAGAAUAGAUGCAGAGAAAUUGUUAGCCAAUGACAUGGUCACAAAAGUAACACAACACUUUGAGAGAAUAAGGAUUUCUACAAGUUGUGCAAUGGAACUUAAUCAACCUCCAGUGUUCGCUUUAAUGCCACAUUUGAUGUCUUUGGAUACAGAAUUACACUAUCUACGACAAAUAAGUGAAAUGAUGAUUAUGUAUUUGAUGCCACGCUGUUACUCUUUAACACCAGGUUCACAUCUACUCCGAGAAGUAUUGGCUUGUAAAAUUCUACAACCGGCUAUCAACAUCGUCACGGACCCAGAUUAUAUAAACCAAAAGAUAAUACAAUAUCUGGAGGCUCAAAAGGAAGUGGAUGCAAUGCACGUGAGGACCCACGAAUAUGCUAAGACAUUUGAGGAUUAUAUUCGCCUAAUAAAUAGCUGUAAUAAUGUGGACACACUCAAGCGCUUACGAUAUGACAUAGUGACUCAAAUAAUGCAAGCGACCACUUUGCAAAACAUCAAAAGGGCAAAAGGCGUAGACAUCGAAGUGAUCGAGAAGAGUGGCAACCUGAACAAUGUCAGUCGACAGCAAGUGGCAGAUGCGAAGAAACUAAAGAGAUAUAUAGAUCAGUUAUCUAUCGCAAAAGCCGACUGCGAAGCCGCUCUGAGAAGGUACGGCUGGGAUGGAGCCUUUCCUGUUCUCGAGUCUGACGUCAACACAAUGCCCUUGCAUAACAUCAUGGAGAGCGUCGCCGGCAGAAGGUAUCUGUCGAUGUUCUUAGAGACUCUAUGUUCCCAAGGUCUGGUGGGCUUUUGGUCUGCCGUCGAAGAGCUGCGCCACAGCCACAGGCACAACUGGCACCAGCUGGGCGCCGAGAUCUUCUACACCUACAUCAGGUCACCCACGGCCGAGAUUAAAGUCGAUAAGGAGACCAGAAAGAGGAUGGAAUCCUUCCUGCUCGGGGACACGGGACCGGAAGUGUUCUACGAAGUGCAGGACUCGGUGGUGGACACGAUCCAGGACAAGUACUACCACUCGUUCCUGCUCAGCGACCACUACAGCGCUCUCCUCGCGGAGCUGGCCACGGAGGAGGACAAGGACACGGGCGCGGUGGCCUCCGGGGUCGAAGAGCGUGAGGGAGGCGAAGGGCUCUCGCCGGGGGCCGCGGGGACCGAGGGAGGCGCAGGGGCCCAUCUCGCGGAGCACUCCACCUACGCCAGGAGGAAGCUGGACCGGCUGCACGAGAGGCACAGCAACAAGACGCAGGCCUUGGCCGCGUUGCGAGCCUCGCUGAAGCCCGAGUCUCCCGCCCUGACGAUGCUGGCCAACGAAGUGGAGAAGCUGGCCGGAGAGCAGAUGCGACUCGAGGCCCACUUGGCCCGGACCGACACAUGGGCGGAGCACCUGGGCAGCUGGCGGGCCACGGUGCACAGCGCUGAGCUGCUGGACGAGUCCAAGCCCCCGCAGUUCGUGGUGGUGGUGCACAUGGCGCAGAGCGAGGCCGAGGAGGAGAAGCCGCAGCACAUCUGCUCGGGGUGGGUGCUGCUGAAGACGCUCGCCGAGUUCCAGGAACUGCAUCGCAAGCUGAGGCCCAUGUGUUCGGAAUUGAAGAACCUCGAGUUGCCUUCCAAUUCCUUUAAAUUUAUUUUUGGGAAAAACGACAAAAACUCGCUGGAGAAAGCCAAACUUUUGAUACAAAAAUAUUUAGAGUUCAUCCUAGAAGACGAUAGAUUGAAUCAGUCCGAAGCCGUGUACACCUUCCUCAACCCGAGCUCCGAGCACCUGAAGCGGGUCGACCUUCCCAAGAAAAACAAGUUCUCCUUCUCCACAUUAUUCAAAAGCAGCAGCGCCGAGGCGCCGAGUCGCCCCUCCUGCGAGAGGGAACCGUUCCCGGCGUCCGACGAGGACGACAUCUCCUCGUACCUGGACGGGAACGGGGAGCUCGCGCGGCACCAGGCGAACGGAUCCGCGAGAGCGGGGCCGGGGGGCGAGGAGCGGGACGGCGUGGCCGAGCCCCUGUACGCCCUGCUGAGCGAAGUGUUCGACGCGAGAGGAGUCUUCAAGUGGCUCCGGAAGACCCUCGUCUCCUUCGUGCAGAUCACCUACGGACGAACCAUCAACAGGCAAAUUAAGGAGACGAUCUCGUGGUUGUUCUCGGAGCAAAUGCUGCACUACUACAUCAGCGCGGCGCUUAAGUCCUGGUGGCCGGGAGGUGAGCUGUCGGAGACCACCACCAACAGGAACGUCAUGGACAAAGAGCACAGCCGCACCGUGGCCCUCCAGCUGCUGAGCGAGAGCGUCGUGAGCGGGCUGUCCUCUCUGGUGGGCGCCCACGCGGCGGCUAGGGGCGCCCAUCGCCUCUUCCUGGUGCUGCAGGAAGCCACGCACAACCGGCAGCUCUUCUACGAGCUCUUCGAGCUGGUUCUACUGGAGGUGUUCCCCGAGCUGAAGCGUUACCACACUACCUCCUCCAUCGAAGCCAAAGCCUUCCGACAAUAG